AUGGCCGAGGACGGUCGACGCCAAGUGCUACUUAACGGCUUGGUAUUUGCAUCGACCUUUGACGCUGGCAAUCUCCAGAGCGUCGUCUACGAUGCGGCCAGGAGCGAGUACGUGGUGACGGCGGCGCCGGACCCGGCCCCGACGCCAUCGCCGACGACAUGCAUUGCAUUGCGCGUGCGUAACCUCGUGCGUCAUGUGGCCUUGUACGACCAAGACAUGCGCCCGGUCACGCGCGCCUUGCCUUCGCAGCGCAAGUGGGAGCGGCUGCACACGAGCGUGGGCAUGACGCCGUCGGACCCCGACUUUUCCAUCACAUUUGGCCUCUCGGCGCCGACGGCCGGCGACGUGGUCUACGUCGCAUUCACAUACCCGUACGCGUACGCAGAUCUGCAGCGGUCACUGCGCCGCCUCGACGCCGACAUGGCUGCGCGCGACGAUCUCUACUACUGCCGCGAGACGCUUGUGACGUCAUUGGACGGCCGCAACGUCGACCUGCUCACGCUCUCGUCCCGCCGCCAUCUGGUCGAUGCCCGCGAGCCGAGCGUGCCAGACCUCUUUCCAGAUCAUGAUGCCAUCUCGGCGCCACGACCGAGAAGGUUUCAAAACAAGCGCGUGGUGGUGCUCACGGCGCGCGUACACCCGGCCGAGACGCCGUCGAGUUAUGUCGUCGACGGCGUCCUCGCCUUUCUCUGCAAGCGCGACGACCCGCGCGUUGCCGCCUUGCUCGACGCCUUCGUCUUCAAGAUCAUCCCGAUGCUCAACCCCGACGGCGUCGCGCGCGGCUACUACCGGCACGACACACUCGGGCAAAACCUCAACCGGUUCUACGAUGCGCCGUCGCUCGAGGCCCAGCCCACGAUCUAUGGUGUGCGCCACUGGUUCCUAUCACUCUGCGAUUCCGAGGCAGCCCCGAGCGUGUACAUUGACCUGCACGCGCACGCGGCGAAGCGCGGGUGCUUUAUUUACGGCAACCGCCUCGAGACCAUCGACGCGCAGGUCGCGACGCAGCUCUUCCCCAAGCUCGUCGGACUCAAUUCGACUCACUUCGAGUACGACCAGUGCACCUUCACGGCCGAAAAUAUGGUCAUGGUCGAGAAGCGCGACGGCGGGCUUUCCAAGCAAGGGUGCGCCCGCGUCGCCUUGUACAACGCGACAAAGGCCAUGCACCCGAGUUUGCACUUUUACACGCUCGAGUGCAACUACAACAGCGGGCGCAAACCGGGGCGCGUGCCGCCGACGGGGGCCUGGGCGCCCCGCGGCAUCAAAGCGUCUGGUCCUUUGAGCCCUGACGUCGCGACCCGGUCGUAUUUACCGAAAUACACGCCGGCUGCAUGGGCAGAUGUCGGAAAGGGUCUCAUGCUCGGUCUCUUGGACCUCUACAGUCUCAAUCCAUGUUCGCGCCUCCCACAGUCCUCAUGGCGGACGCUGGCUGGCGUCGUGCAGGAAACCCGACGACAAGUAGCUCCGACGUUCAUCAAGACACCGGCCUCGGCGUCAUCGGUGGUCGAGAAGCGUAAAGGCAGCAGCAAUCAAGACGAGACCUCCACCCAAGUCCGCUCCAUCAAGUCGGCACCGGGCGCCGUCCGCCUCCAAAAACCACUGUUGCGGCUUCAAUCUACGUCCAAGUAGAAGCGAUGGGUCGAAUGUGC